AUGAACACAUUCUUUUCGCGUUCAAAUGCGCUUCUCGCGUUUACCCUGAGUGUCCUGGCGGCAUUAACUUUCCUGUGCUUUUUGUCGACAUACUUCAGAGCGUAUCAAGCAGAUGUUGCUCUGAAAACCGUGACCGUCGUCGUGAAGAAUGUUCCUGACUACAGUGCGAACAGGGAAAUGAACGAUCUUGGAUACAUUACAUUCGACCUGGAAGCUGACCUGACCUCGUUGUUCAACUGGAACGUAAAGCAACUGUUCCUGUACCUCACCGCGGAGUAUCAGUCAUCAAACAAUAAGCUAAACCAGGUUGUACUAUGGGAUAAAAUCAUCCGCAGAGGAGAAAGUGCUAUUUUGAACUACUCCGGCCUCAAUACGAAGUAUUAUUUCUGGGAUGAUGGCAAGGGACUUGUUGGGAACAAAAAUGUUACCUUGACACUGUCGUGGAACGUAGUUCCUAAUGCUGGUCAUCUCCCGAAUAUAUUCGGUGAUGGGGGACAUUCAUUCAAAUUCCCCCUAGAUUAUGCUCCUUCUGUUCGCAGUCAUUGA